AAAACUUGCACUGGAACAUCCAAAAGAUACCAGCUCUGCAAAGUCCAAGUAAGGAUAUCCUUUGUCUUGUUGGGAACACCUGGUGUGGAAAGUCAUGUAUGGCAUUUCUGGGUCCCUUGGAGAGGGAGCACCCCUUGUCCUGUAGCUGUCAUCCUGUUGCCCCUCCAAGCAGCUGGGAGUUCCCUUCUUUGGUGCCCAUCAGCAGUGUCUGGGCUUUGAGCCUUUUGCCUGUGCUGGGGGCCAUAAAACCAGAGAGUGGCUCUGGCAACAUUUCUCAGGGGGUUCCUGCAGUGGGGGGAGGAAGAGGAGGAGGAGGAGGAUGUGGCCCUGGCUGGGGAAGGUGAUGGAAACUCUCCUUGCAGCUGGUGGUGAUGUGCCAGAAACCUUUCCCGCACUUUGUUUCCGUCAGGAUGUUAAUGUAUCCCAUUCUAGGAGUGCCCUGUGAACGGAAGGAGCUUUCGAGAGGAGCAGUGCUCGUCAUUUAACUCCCAUGUGUAUAAUGGCAGAACGUAUCAAUGGAAACCUUUAUAUCCUGGUAACAAGACAUUCUUUGUGUGUUUCAUAAUGCUCAGCCAAAUAUUUUGAUAGUUAUGAUGCUACAGCCUGCAGGAAGGCUCCUCCUCUGCUGUUUUAAAGUGGUGUUUUGGAGGCACAAUCAGCUGUCUCCCGAGUUCAAAGGCUCGUUGAACCUGCGGGGUAGCUUGAAAAUUAAAUAACAACAUGAGUUCAUGUCUGUAGCCUGUGUUGGUCACAGCUCCCAGGGACCAGAGGCUGCAGGAGGAUGUGAGAGCAGGGGUGAUGGGCUGUGCUGGCAGGGACAGUCGGGCUCACCCAGACAAGUGUCCUUUGAGCUGGGGCCUUUGCUGGCUGUGCUGUUUUCAGUGACAUUUGUCUCUCCCACGCCCUCUGUGUGCUCUGUCAAAUGUCACCGAGAUGCAGUCAGUCACUUUGGUCAUCUGGGGUGAGCAAGAACUGCAGAAACAACUUGGGACUCAAAGACUGAGAUUUUAUUGAACUUUCAGGCACUGAACUCCCAUCAAAAUCAAGCAUUAAACACAAACCAGGCCAAGCUUUAGAGUUACUGGGAACCCAGGAUCCUUUUCCUGGGCAGGCUCCUGAGCUCUGGUUCUUCAGAUUCACAUUCGGGUGCCUAAGAAUAGAGGUGGGAUCUACUGCAACUGUAUUUUAGGGGUUUCUGUACACACCUAGGAACGAUUAUCUUCAUCAAAUCAUUUUCCCUGUGUACCAAGCCCCUGGCUCACCAGCCUUGGCAGGGACAACAAGGUAGAACUUGGUCCAUGAGCUAUUUCUCCUUGGUGGCUUUUGUCCCUUGAAGGUGACAAUUUCCUUAAGCACAUUUGCUGUUCAAGCUGACUCACCAGAGAUGUUGCAGGGAAUUGUUUUGUGUUCGAGCAGGCGUUCAUGUGGCUCCUGGGAGAUUUGCAGCAGAAUGUUUUGACACUGAUGCUGCCUUGCUUGGGCGUGCAGGCCAGGGGGGUCUCUGGUUGCUCAGGAGUUGGUGGAGACAAACACAUGGCAUCGGGUUCCUGAUGCAAAUAUGCAUUUGUCAUUUGCUUCCUGUGGAUAUUAUAAGAUGUGGGAUUACUGUGCUGGUGGGUGCUGCCAGCCAGCUGUUGUCUGCAGAAAGCAAAGGGUGAAUUAAGUCCAUCUCGGGUGAAUGUUUAUGGAAGAGUUAGAGAUUAUAAAAGGCUCUAAGUUGCUACGGUUUUGAAUGUAGUCUUACACCAGUAUUUCCAACAACGCAUCUGUUAAUUUAACUCCCGUUGCUCUGUGAACAUGCAUGUUGCUGUGUGGGGUACAUAUAUCACACUGCAAGUCCUUGCACAAAGCAGGGCUGCUGCCUCAGUGCCUGCCCUGGGCUGGUGCUGGUGAUGCCCCUGGCAUCCCUGGGGCAUCUCUUCCUGCCAGGCUGUGCAAAGGCUGUCACACUGUCCAAGUGCCAUCUCCCAUCUAGCCUGAAACACAAGAGAUGGCAACUUCUGAACUCUCACUGCUCUGCAGUUGUGCUGGUGCUGUUGUUGUUUAGCUUGGCAGAGAUUCACUGGUUUGGGUAGGAUGAAAGUUGUGGUGUUUCUGCUGUUUUUGAAUCUCUCUUUAUAUCCUUUCCCCUUAGAUGACUAUGUUCACAUUUCUAGCAAGCCCUGUGACCUUCAUUGCACCACUGUGGAUGGCCAGAGACAGUUAAUGGUUCAGGCCAGGGAUGGAACAUCCUGCAAAUACACAGAUUUCCGAGGGGUUUGCGUGUCUGGAAAAUCCCAUUGGCUGCGAUGGCAUUCUCUUUUCCACCCACACCUUGGAUAAAUGUGGAGUUUGCCAAGGAGAUGGGAGCAGCUGCACCCACGUAACCGGCAGUUACCGGAAAGGAAAUUCUCAUCUUGGCUAUUCCCUGGUAACGCACAUUCCCGCCGGAGCGAGGGAUAUCCAGAUAGUGGAACGGAAAAAGUCUGCAGAUGUUCUGGCUGUGGCUGAUGAAGCCGGGUACUAUUUCUUCAACGGGAACUAUAAAGUUGACAGUCCAAAGAACUUCAACAUUGCAGGCACGGUGUUCAAGUACCGCCGGCCCAUGGAUGUGUACGAGACCGGGAUCGAGUACAUUGUUGCCCAGGGACCCACGAACCAAGGGCUGAACAUAAUGGUCUGGAAUCAAAAUGGCAAGAACCCAUCCAUCACGUUUGAAUACACUCUCCUGAGGAAGCCACACUCAAAAAAUCUGCAGCCCAUCUACUACACCUUCUCCGAGUCGGAGAGCGAAGAGAGCCGGGAGUUCGAUGGAGACGUGCCAUUGGGCUUUAUCCAGCACAAUGCAACCUAUUUUGGGAAAAUCUCCAGGGAAAGGAUAGACUUGGAGAACCAGGUGUUUGGAAGGCAGGACACGGAGGAAGAUUUAAACUUGAGCAAAGGUCAGGAAACCAAUGAGGUCUAUGAAAGAGCAGAAACAAUUGACUGUGAGCCAAAACUGAAGGGCAAACAACCCCAAGAUUCAAACGUAACCAGGUCUACUUACCAGACAGACCAUGACGACAGAGACCUGGAGCCCAGGCUCACCUCCAGGGAAUUCCUUCUGGAGAACGCCAUCACGGACAAGCUGCUGGACAAGACCUCGGACUCCAAGGAGCUGGUGCUCAACAUGACCAUGAACAGCAUCUUUGCCCAGGGAGACCCGAUCAACUCGGUGGGGUCACCCAUCGACAGCCUCUACGUGGACUACGAGGACACCGAUGGCCUCAUGACCUACUCGGUCAACAGCACCUACAUGGAGCUGAGCAACGGCAAAGCCACCAACACUUCUGCAGAGACACCGUUUUCAAACGCCACCGUCACCAUGAGCAGCCCUCAAGGGAACAGAACCCACAAAGCAAGAAACAGAUUGAAGUUGUUAAGAAAGGGCCAAGGUGUGAGUGCUGCUGACAUGUACAGGUGGAAGCUUUCCUCCCAUGAACCCUGCAGCUCUACAUGCACCACAGGAGUGAUGUCCACAUAUGCGAUGUGUGUUCGCUAUGAUGGGAUCGAGGUGGACGAUACGUACUGUGAUGCCAUGACCCGGCCCGAGCCCAUCCAUGAGUUCUGUGCUGGGAGAGAGUGCCAGCCAAGGUGGGAGACGAGCAGCUGGAGCGAGUGCUCCCGGACCUGCGGGGAGGGGUACCAGUUCCGCAUCGUGCGCUGCUGGAAGAUGAUCUCGCCGGGCUUCGACAGCUCCGUGUACAGCGACCUGUGCGAGUCCGCCGACAUCGCCCGGCCCGACGAGCGCAAGGUCUGCAAGAACCCAGCCUGCGGGCCCCAGUGGGAGAUGUCCGAGUGGUCCGAGUGCUCGGCCCGCUGCGGGGAGCGGAGCGUGGUGACCAGGGACAUCCGCUGCUCGGAGGAGGAGAAGCUCUGCGAUGCCAGCGCCCGGCCCCUGGCCGAGAAGAACUGCACGGGGCCACCGUGUGACCGGCAGUGGACAGUGUCCGACUGGGGACCGUGCAGCGGCGGCUGCGGGCAGGGCAGGAUGAUCCGGCACGUGUACUGCAAAACCAGCGAUGGGCGCGUGGUGCCCGAGUCCCAGUGCAACCUGGACACCAAGCCCCUGGCCAUCCACCCCUGCGGGGACAAGAACUGCCCCUCGCACUGGCUGGCGCAGGACUGGGAGCGGUGCAACACGACGUGUGGCCGGGGCGUGAAGAAGAGGAUCGUGCUCUGCCUGGAGAUUGUCAAUGGCAAGAUCAAGACCCGCAACGCCGCUGACUGUGACGUGGCCAAGAAGCCCGUGGAGGAGAGCACGUGCUUCGAGCGGCCCUGCUUCAAGUGGUACACGACCCCCUGGUCCGAGUGCACAAAAACCUGUGGGAUCGGCGUGAGGAUGCGGGAUGUGAAGUGCUACCAAGGCAAGGACAUCGUGCGGGGCUGUGACCCGCUGGUGAAGCCGGUGGGCAAACAGACCUGUGACCUGCAGCCCUGCCCCACGGAGCCCCCAGACGACAGCUGCCAGGACCAGGCAGGAACCAACUGCGCCUUGGCCAUCAAGGUGAACCUGUGCAGCCACUGGUACUACAGCAAAGCCUGCUGCCGCUCCUGCCGCGCUCCCCACUCCUAGAGCCGGCCUUCCCGAGCCAGGGCUCCUCCUUCCCCGUAGCCACACGUCCCACACGCUGCUGACAAGGAUGCUUUUGGCCUGGUCUUUGUGUCCCCACCGAAGCAGAACCCCUCUCCCGGUCCUGAGCAGAGGGACGCCGCCGCUGGACGUUGGGAGCGCCCCGGGAUCAGAGCUGUACAUAAAGUCGUGUAUAUUUGAUUCCCCCCCCCAAACUCCAGCUACACCCAAGCUCUUGUCCUUUGGUUUCCUCCCUCUGUGCAAGGUUGGGGUUGGCGAGGGGAAGGUGUGAACUCUGGGAAGUGCAAGUUUCCCUUCACAAAGGGGGGUUGGGGCCGCUCUCCUGAUUUAUCCCGAGACCUGCACACUCUCGUUAGCUGAAUUAACGUGGUGGGAAGCUGGUCCUCGUUUGGUAAAUGAACCCUCAAGCCCUUUUUUGUAAUAUGUAGGUGUAUACUUUUUCAGAGAAUUUUAUCUUAUAAUCAAACGUUAGUUUCAUAGUCCUUACAACCCCCCCCCCGAUGCUGACAUAUUGUAUAUAAUAUGGAAACAUAACUGCACUUUAUAUCACAAAAAAAGACGUGCUCUUUUUUAAUAUAUUUGUUUACAGACAGUGAACUUUAUCCAUAUAAUCAUUAAUUUGUACUCAUAUGUAUAUUUUAAUAAAGUUGUCACAUUUAUGGUGGUA